GAGCCCAAGAGCUCGCCCAAACCUCAGCCGAUCGGGAACGCGCCGUUCAUAUUCCUGUUUACGACGUGCACGCUCUGCGCCGUGUUCUUGCUGUGGAGAAGAGCAUCCAGCUUGAAGCGGGUAAUCCAACAUCGGCUCGAAACGUGGAAGGAGACGCAAGAAGAGGGCCACAUCAGGCUGUCCGAAGACGACGGGCCCUCCGCGGCCUCCUUCCUCGCGGACGACUACGACGACCACCACCAGGGUCUGCAAGACAGCGACAUCCAUGGCGCUCGACCCGCACCGCAGCCCCCUGCUUCGGCCGAGGCUCCGGGGGGCGAGCCCGUCGUUGUGUCGGAUGAGGUAGCGGCGAGCGAUCUGUGGCAUGCCGCAAAUAACGCGGAAGCCGAGAGAUAGGACGUAAACAUUCACCUUGUACAGACAUCGUAUACCCCGUGCUCGUGAGCGCGCUGCGCGCUGCUUGACCC